CCCUCUCCUGGCGUUUUCGGAUCCUAGCCCCGGCGUGAGGCAGGCAGCAUGGCCGAGACCGGCUCAGCGCAAGAUGACGGCUACACUAAGUUCGUGUGUCUGCACCAAGCGGCUCUCACCGCCUCUGGCGUCCCCGAGCUCUACUGGAAAAGCCUCCACGGCAAGCUGGAGAGCGAGAUUUUUGAUGCUGGGGAUAUAUUUGGGAUAAUGCAAGUGGAGGAGGCAGAAGAGGAAGAUGGGGAGGGUAUUGAUGCUGAGAUUGUGGAACAGAAAAGGAAACCAAACCCUGGCACUGAGCCGUCUUUUAAAGUUAUUGUUACCAAUGAAAAUGGUCUCCUGACAUCCAGUCCCAACAGCAUUUUCCUCAUUGACCACGCAUGGACCUACCGUGUGGAGAACGCCCGGCAGCAGCUCAUGGAGGUCGCUGGUUUGCUGCACCGUAUGGCAAACCUGAUGGGGAUAGAGUUCCAUGGGGAGGUUCCUGAUGAGGGCGUAGUUGAGGAGGUGUUACAGGAAAUGUGGAAAUACAACCAAACCUACCAGCUCUCACAGGGGACUGCUGAAGAAAAGGUCCCAGUCUGGUAUAUUAUGGAUGAGUUUGGCUCCAGAAUCCAGCAUUCAGAUGAACCUACUUUUGGCACAGCCCCCUUAUUCUACAUCCCCCAGCAAAUUGCGUACACGAUUCUGUGGCCACUGAGAGACCUAGAGAAUGGAGAUGAAGUCUCGCGUGACUAUGCAUAUGGACAGUCUGAUCCGCUAAUUCGCAGCUGUUUGCUAGUUCCGUGGCAACCUGUAGACCUGACUCACGUACGCCAUCAUACACCUGAACCAUCUAAUGCCCAUUAUGAGGGUAUUUUUGCUGAGAACAAAGAAAUCCUGCCCCUUCCUGUAGAACCGCCGCUACAUGACAAGAGUAAAGUCUUCAAGAUUUACACAGAUAUGCAGCAGGUGCUGAAUGGCGUGGAUCACCCGCGCUUCGUGUUUACAAAUGAGGAGAAGGAAGCCGACAUCCUCUUCAUCUUCUCUCACAUUAAAGACUACAGGACAUUAAGCAUUGAACGGCCCCACGUCAUGCUGAACCAGUUCCCGUGUGAGAGCCUGCUGACCGUGAAGGAUUGCCUGGCAUCUAUUUCUAGGAGGAUUGGUGGCUCAGAAGGGCCAAAAUGGCUGCCACGGACCUUUAAUCUGCAGACUGAACUCCCACAAUUCAUUAGUUAUUUUAUGCAGCGGGAGCAGAGAGGAGAAGACAAUCACUGGAUCUGUAAGCCAUGGAACUUAGCCCGGAGCUUGGACACACAUGUCACAACCAACCUGUCAUAUAUAAUCCGACAGCGGGAGAGCACGCCAAAGGUUGUAUCCAAAUACAUAGAGGACCCUGUGCUCUUCCACCGUGAUGAUGUUGGUAUGGUAAAGUUUGACAUCCGUUACAUUGUCCUCCUGCGCUCUGUGCAGCCGCUGAAGUUGUACGCUUAUGAUGUCUUCUGGCUGCGCUUUGCCAACAGGCCGUUUGCCCUCAGUGAUCUGGAUGAUUAUGAGAAACAUUUUACAGUAAUGAAUUAUUCCCCUAGUGUGCAGCUGAAGCAGAUUCAUUGUCACGAGUUUAUUACUUUGUUUGAAAAGCAAUACCCAGACUAUCCCUGGAGCGUUAUACAGGCUGAAUUGUUCAAGAGCUUUACUGAACUCUUCCAAGUAGCAUCAUCUAAACCAGCCCCUUACGGUAUCUGUGAUUACCAGUCUUCGCGUGCAAUUUAUGCCAUUGACUUGAUGCUUAAAUGGGCCACCAACAGUGACGGUCAACGGGUGAUGCAGCCACAAAUCCUGGAGGUUAACUUCAACCCAGACUGUGCACGAGCCUGUAAAUAUCACCCUACAUUUUUCAAUGAUGUGUUUAGUGCCCUAUUUUUGGAUGAAACCGCCAAUUGCCACGUCACUACAAUUGUUUAACCACAAGAUGCUUCUGAUAUGAGCACACGCGCUUUAUAAGAACUUUAUAGCAAUGCCGACAGCUUUGUUAGGCUAUACCUUGGUGUACAGAUGUAUUUCGUUACUAUAUCUUUAUAUGAUGAUGCCGUAUAUAAUCAGAAAAUUACACCCAAUGUUAACAACCCACUUAUUUCUCAGGUAUCUCAGUGUGUAACCCCCCCAUCCCAGAGUGGUCUGCAGUAUACAGGCAUUACAGCCCUCUGGCAGACAAUUGCUGAUUAAUAUACCUUCUCUGUAAAUUAGCAAGAAGCUCUGUAUCUUACUUAGCCAUGUGCCUAAUUAUUAGAAAUGCAAAAUACAGUUUACCUUCUAGUAAAAAGCUGCAUUUGCAGAGAGACGUGAGAAUGUAAUGUAUAGAGGUCACUACGUGCUUAGUUUAAAUAGAAUAGAUCGUCUUCCAUCCGUACACCCAAACUAUUCUUUGUCUGCUCAGCUGACUAGUGUGUGGGUUGCUAGAAUUGGGUAAUACAAGAACUUGAAAGUUUCAGAAAUUGUUUGUAAAAUGCCCUAACUUUAUUUACACAAUGAAAUAUGCAAUAUGUGACCAUAACCUCAUUGGCAACCAGUGCAGCUUAAUUUAACUGUCUCUUUACAGUUCUCUGUUUGGUAUUACGAGGUUUAUCUGAAAACUACGAUGUGAACUUAUAUGUGCUCAAAUCUUGUUGCUGGAAAAUAACUCAAUAAACCAAAUAUCCUA